AGGGUCACCCUCCAGGGGGUGCCGAGUUGAGCAGCCAGAGCAAGGAGAGGGAACACCACAUCACUUCAGCCAUAAGCUCCCAACGGGCAGCACUACUUUGCAAUUGAUGAAUGAAAUUAGGAAGGAACUGAAGAAAAAUUAUUAAGAAAAGUAGAUGAGAGAAACGAAAACGAAUAGUUUAGAGAAAUAGAAGGCAGUUUGACUCUGAGCUCUGUUCCAGUCCCCAGAGGGCAGCUGGCAUUUGCUGAGCACCAGGGAGACAACCAAGCAGGACAUGUGGCUGCUCCCGGUUCUGUUCCUUCUUGUCAUCCAGGGCCACUUCUGCACCUGUGAGGGAAAAAAGGUGAGAGGCACAUUGGGGGGCACACUGACUGUGCGCUGUGCAUACGGUCCGGGAUGGGAAUCCUACAAGAAGUGGUUGUGUCGCGGGACUGACUGGGAUUCCUGCAAAAUCCUUGUGAAAACCACUGGGUCAGAGCAACUGGUGAAGAAGGGCCAAGUGUCCAUCCAGGACAAUCACAGCCGACGCACAUUCACCAUGACCUUGGAGGAUCUCCAGCAGGACGACGCAGACACUUACUGGUGUGGGAUCGAGCAAUUUGGCACUGACGUGGGGAUCGAAUUUUCCGUGAUUGUCAGUCCAGCCCCUGAUCCAACAGACUCUCCCAAGCCUGUAGCGAGAACAACGCUGCCCAGUUGGACUUCCUCUCGUCCAUUUCCCCAGGGCAUCAACAGCAGCCAGCCCAUGGAUUUGAAUAGCCCGCUAACCAGGUCGGGGACCAUUGCCUCCACUGUGGAAGCAGAGAAAAGAAAGGGUGUAUUCUCAUUCCACCAUCGGUCCUCAGCCGCACCUGUAAUCUCUCCUGUGUGGAUCCUCCUGGUACCUCCUUUCCUUGCCACCCUCGAGUUGCUCUGCCAAGGAUAAAUGACCCUUUCAUCAUUCAGGACUCUGGCCAACGAUGGGUUUCCAAUUCCAGUAAGCAUAAAACCUGGGUUAAACCAAAAAGUUCCAGAGUGUGUCCACAGGGACAAAGACCCCCUGAUGGGCCAGCUGCACAGAGUUCUGCCAAUUCCACCUUCUGCUGCAUCAGCGCCUCCAAGAAAGAAUUCCUUGAAUGCAAAAGAUGGAAAACAGGGUUGGACCAUCGCCCAACCCACAUCUGACCUGUUUGCCCUUUACAUUUCCUAUGAAAUCUGUGGCUUUCUUUGC